GGGCUUCUCCCCCUCGAUGCCUUUUUGACGCCCUCACCAUCUGCAGGCCAGUCACUUGUCACUUUGUCACUGUCAUGCUCUCGUACCAUCUCCACACUUUGAUCUUCCAUCACGACUGAACACUCGGUCGGUGGAUACUGCUGCACGUUCCCUUGGGUGUCGGGCUCACGGGCUGGCUCACGGCCUCACGACACCUUUCCAGCAACAGGCCAGGCCUCGACUCUCAAGGUUGUGGAACUCGAACUCAUGGUCUGGUCUGGUCGGUCUUCAGUUUCGGGUUUUCCUGGCCUCCCCUCUCGUGGGUGCUCAUCCACAUCCAACUCGAACUUCUAAAACAACAACGACACCUGCUGGCUGCUGGCUGCUGGGCUGUGUGGCAGUGGUGGUGGUGGAUGACUUGGACAAGUAUUAUUCAGCCCGCACCGCACAACCAAAAACCACUGCAUUCCUAACUACUUCUCUCAUUCUCAUUCUCAUUCUCACUCUCAAUCUUCUUCUGCUCGAUCCCCGCCUUCUCACAGCCUUUUCUUCCAGGUCAAACCACCUCUUCAAGAAAGCCUUGAGGCCCUUCCGCCGAAUAUCUCUCCGACCGAACCGCCCAGGCCGUCGUCUCCCCGGCUUCCACCACGUUCAUCCCAUCGAAAAGCUUCCCUUUGGAACUUGUUGCCGCCCAGCCUACUGCACGGUAUCCUUCGACUAAGUGGCCACUUGGCUGUCGGGUUCCAUCAUCUGCAUCAGCCUUUGCCGGCCUCUUGGGUCCGCCUGCAGCCACUUGUCGCCCCAAGCAUACGAGGUCCCCUCUUACCACCCUCGACCGAAAACCCACCUCCCCCCCUCCCCCUUCGCUCUCCCAAUUGUCUGACUGAGCCAACCUUAUUUCCAUCCAGCCGCAAACACGACAAAGUUUGGGAAUCAUCGUAUGCCAGGUUCUGACGACACCAAGUCAGGUGCAUUAAGGUUCUCCUCCCUUGAGGCCUAUGGCUGGUUGGCAGGGUCAUUUCAGCUCGUACCUCGCUCCAAGAUGUCGUCUUCGGCCACCCCAGUACCCUCGACUACUCCCGUUCAAACCAUGGAUUCCCCUCUAGUACCAGACUCAGAAUCAACGCAUUCCUCCGAGGGCGGUGCUCACUACGAUACCCGGUCCUUGACGGCCAGUAUCACCGACUACCCGAUCCAUUGGGGUCGAAGGUACCACCGAUAUAAAGAAGGCGCAUAUCUAUUCCCCAACGACGAAAACGAACAGGUUCGACUGGAUGAGCAGCACGAAAUCCUCAAUCGACUCCAUGGCCGCCUGUUUUUUGCCCCUCUUGACCCAGAUUCUGUCCUGACGGUGUUGGAUAUAGGCACGGGCACUGGGAUUUGGCCGAUUCAACUUGCCGACUCCAACGCGCUCCCCAAUGCCACCAUCACAGGCGUGGACCUUUCAGCCGUUCAGCCUGAUGACGUCCCAUCCAACGUCUACUUUGAGAUCCAAGACUGUGCCGACGAGGACUGGGUCCGGGAACCUGGAAGUGUCGAUUACUGCCACGUCCGGUUCAUGGCUGGAUCCCUCACCUCGUACGAAGACUUGAUCCGGACGUCCAGGAAAUAUCUUCGUCCCGGGGCCGGAUGGUUGGAGUGUCACGAAAUCCAUCCCCAGCCUGUAUCCGACGACAACACUAUCCCCGAAGGUUGGGCCAUGAGGGCCUGGGAAGAGCAUCUGGACUAUGCCGCCACCAAAGCUCUCAAGCCCGCGCGACCCGUUCGAGUUGCAGCCGACAUCAAGACUUGGAUGGAAGAAGCGGGCUACGUGGACAUUCACGAGCACAUCUCCAAGAUUCCUUUAGGUCCCUGGCCCCGCGAUCCACGCCUCAAGAACAUUGGCGGCUGGUGGCUUGCUAAUUGGCUCGCUGGGUUACAAGGCUUUACGUACAAGCUGUUCGGUGCCGACGGCCUCAGGUGGUCCCGGGACGAGAUCGAGGUGCAUCUAGCCGACGUCCGCAAAGCAGCACUCACGAAGUCAGUGCAUUCCUAUCAGAGACAUUACGUGGUAUAUGGACGGAGGCCGUCCAAAGAAGAAGAGCAAGUGUUGAGCCUGUACGGUCAUGGUUGAAGAGAGGCGAGAGUGCCAGUCAUUCUGAUUGCUUGAACAGUUAAAAAGCGAUUCUCCCCAGGCGGUCUCCACGAGGUCCUAUCGACCGCCACGAGGCCGAGUGCGUGUCUCGACAUCACCUUCCUGUACUGCAGAGCAUUGCACCGUGCUUCACUCUGCAGGACAAGGGUCGUUCCGGACCCCACGGAUGCAGUCAAGCUUGGGCACAGUUGUGGUAUGGCGGUGUGCUGUCAACUAACCUUAGCCACCUCACGGUCGAAUAUUACUCCAGAGCCUUCGGCUCCGCCCUCUAGGGGACAGAGUUACGACGUGGUUGCCUGCCUGCGAUGGCAGACUGGGCGAUCAAGGUGUCCUAGACACCAAUCCGUCUGGUCCGAGGGGCAGUGUAUGAGCAAUGAAUGUCAAUGGUGUAUUUGCGGGGAAAGGCUGGUUUUGGAACUAUACCCAAGAGUUGGAUAGGGGAAGAGAAAAAUCUCCGGGUUCGUGACAUAAAAAAAGAACGUUGUCCUUUCAUCGAUCAUGGUCUGUGCUGUUUCUUGUUC